AUGUCCAUCAAUAUUUGCAGAGAUAAUCAUGAUCCUUUCUACCGUUAUAAAAUGCCUCCCAUCCAGGCCAAGGUUGAAGGUAGAGGUAACGGUAUCAAGACAGCCGUUUUGAACGUUGCUGAUAUAGCACACGCUCUUAACAGACCAGCCCCAUACAUUGUAAAAUAUUUUGGUUUUGAACUGGGUGCUCAGACUUCUAUCUCGGUCGAUAAGGACCGUUAUUUGGUAAACGGUGUGCACGAACCUGCCAAGUUGCAAGAUGUGCUGGACGGAUUCAUCAACAAGUUUGUUUUAUGUGGGAGCUGUAAGAACCCUGAGACUGAAAUUAUCAUCACAAAGGACAGCGACCUGGUUAGAGAUUGUAAAGCCUGCGGUAAGAGAACUCCAAUGGACCUAAGACACAAGCUAUCCUCAUUCAUACUGAAGAACCCACCAGACUCUGUGAACGGUUCAAAGAAGAAAAAGAAGGCCGCCACUGCCUCUGCCAACGUCCGUGGUGGUGGGUUGUCUAUCAGUGAUAUCGCUCAAGGUAAAUCACAAGCAUCGAAUAACAGUCCAAACGGUACCACCGAAGCUUUGGUAGAAGACGAAGAUGAUGAUGAAUUAGCUCGUCAAAUCAAUGCGGCAGCUUCGAGUUUGGAAAAGAUUGAAAUGAAGGAUGACGAGUGGGCUGUUGAUAUGUCAGAGGAAGCCAUCAGACAGCGUGCUAAGGAACUACAAGCCGCUGCAGAUAACGAGACUGGUGAAAUGGGGAAACUCGAGGAAUUUGGUGAGUGGAUAUUGAAGGAAGGUGGAGAAGACAAGGAAAACCUUCCUUCUGAUGUCGAAAUUUUCAAACAGGCCGCAGAUUUGGAUGUGCUGCAGGAUCCAAAGAUUGCUUGUGUGUUAGCUCAAUGUCUGUUCGAUGAAAACAUCGUCAGCCAAGUCACAGAACAUGCUGCUUUCUUCACUAAGGUCUUUGUAUCACCAGAAUAUGAGAGGGAUUUCCUUGGGGGUAUUGAAAGAUUCUUGGGUCUAGAGCGCAAAGAUUUGAUACCUUUGCUACCAAAGAUCCUGGUUCAAGUUUACAACAACGACAUCGUCUCUGAGGAAGAGAUCAUCAAAUUUGGUACUAAGUGCUCAAAGAAGUACGUGCCUAAGGAUGUAUCAAAGAAGGUUCGUAGAGCUGCCAAGCCUUUCAUCACUUGGUUACAAACUGCGGAAAGUGACGAUGAUGAGGAUGAUGAAUAA